ACGUGUAAAGCCGAAGAAAUUAAUACGCCGCGGAAGGAUGUAUGAGUCGUCCGCCAUUCUAAAAGUAUAUAAACCACAGUUUUUCCUUAGUUUGAACAACGGUGCCAACUGUCAACUCGCAAUUUACGCAAUCUCUAAGGAACAAGGUCAGGAAGUUCGAACGAGAAAAAUGAAUACAACACGUAUGGUAUGCUGCCUUAUGGUUGUGAUGUUACUGGUGUCAACUGCUACGGGACAAGGUUUCGGAGACGGAUUCAAAGAUAAAGGAAAACGAAGUGAAGAAAGUGAUGUUUCAAUCGACGAUGUUAAUGAAGAAGAUUCGAGAAUCAAAAGGGAUGUCCUGUCUGCUGAUCAGCCCGCACGGGGGUGUCCACCGUUGUGCUAGUUAUAGACCAGUCUAUAACAGAUCAAACACAUCAUCACUUAGAGGAAAUAGUUAAACAGUACUUGAAAUUGAUGUUGUUAAUGAUGAUGAAUUUAAAUAAAAAAUACUUCAUGUA